GUGAAGGGUAGUCGCGCUUGUUCGCGUUCCGUGGCUUUCGUGGUGUUUUGAUUAAUUUCGUUUCUAUUUUUAUUUAUUUAAUUAUUGCAAGGGCCUCCUUGUAUGUGGUAGUUGUAAAUUAGUGAAUUAAUGUGAAAAGGCUAGUGUUUAUUUAAAUACUUAUGGUGUGAGUCUCAUGUGUCUACAAAUUGUUAAUUAAAGUAUUUAAAAUGUCUUUUACGAUGACAAAAAAAGUUACUGAAUGUCACGCCGAAACCGUUCAAUUUAUGCCCGUAGAAAAAUUGGAAGAUGAUUGUAGCAAUACUGAUAGUUACUGCACAAAUAGUACACUACUUAGACGAGGUAAAAAGCUUGAGGACAACAAUAACCUAACAAAGGAAGACUUGGAGUACAUUAACUACAGAAAGCUGCUAAAAUAUGAAGAAGCACCAGAGUAUUUACAACAUAAUCCUUAUAUCAGAGAUGGUUAUAGAAAACUUUUACCAACAAGACUAUGUUGGGAAAGCAUAUUCUGGUGGACGAAUGAAACGAUGAACAUUUGGACGCACAUAUUCGGUUUCUUCUUAUUGCUUUUCCUCACCAUCAAUGACUUGGUCAUCAUCAAUAUACACGCAACAGUGACCGAUAAAAUCGUUGCUGGCAUACUGUUCUCGUGCUUUCUGGUGUGCAUGGCGUCGUCGGCUCUGUACCACACGUUCUUGUGUCGCUCGGAGGAGGACUGCAACAAGUUUCUGAUGUACGAUCUAUUCGGCAUAGCGCUCUCGUUGCUCGCCAUCUACACGUCUGGGGUUUACUACGCGUUCUGGUGUCAUUCUGAAUUGAAAGCGUUCUACAUGACAUCGGUGACACUGAUUUUCGUGGUAGCGAUGGCGUUGCAAGUGCCGCGGUUCAAAGUGCCCUACUUGGUGAAGAUGUGCGUGUUCAUCGGCUGGGCGGCGUACGGGGUCCUUCCGACCCUGCACUGGACCUAUGCUAUGGGAGGAUUCGAGAACCCAAUGGUGCAGAUGUUCUUCCCUAGAGUCAUAGGGAUGUACGUCAUCAGUGGCACUGCGUUCGCGAUUUACGCUUUCAAGGUACCAGAACGCUGGUUUCCCGGCAAGGUGGACUAUAUAGGGCACUCGCACCAGUGGUGGCACGCGUUAGUUCUAGGCGCGCUCUACUAUUGGCACAACUCCGGCAUGAUGUACGUUCAGUAUCGCAUGAACCACGGCUGUGCCAACACCAUGAGGAUAUUCUAAAUCUAAAGAAAAUGUUACUAGAAAAAACUCCGUUCUACCAGGUUUCAGACGGGAUUCGAAUCUGCAUCUUCCGUCUGAAACCUGGUCGGAGUUGGUGUUUUUUAUGUUGUUGUUUUUUAGUAAAAUUUUCUUUAGAUUUUAAACAUCUAGCAAUUAAAUGCAUGAAGACUUAAAAUAUUCUAACCAUGAGGAUAUUCUGAACUAUACGCACCAAUACAUUCCAUGAAUACACAUUCACAAUUAUUUGGAACUAAUCAGAAACGGAAAUACAGUUAGAAAUAGAUACAACGAUAAAGAAUGUUAACUACAGAUACAGGUUCACCCAUGCACUUACAUUUAUUCCGAACUAUUCUACUAGUAUUCUACAAAUAUAGUGCGAAUCCAAGUACACAUAGUGCAAUCCACGAAGAUGCGCCCCACCAAUUUUUGGUUGAAGGAUAAUUAGUGAUAAAAAGAUAAUUAUCAUAUUAAUAUUUAUUAUUAUCAUAGAUAAUUAGUGUGUACCGAUAACACUCAAAUAUGGCGGAAGCUGGCACACAUUUACUAUAAACGGUUGGGAGGAAUAGUGGGGCGCGUCUUCGUGGUUUGCAAUAUCUGUAAUCGGAUGUGAAGUUGGCGCAAAUAAGGUAGUGGUGUCGAUUCUCUAUCCUUGUCAUUUUCUAUACAGAAUGAAAAGGAGAGACCGAUGUUAAAUUUAGUUCAGAGAAUCAUACCAGAAUCGACACCAGUAGGUACUUACUUCUAGGUGCACGCGGGCUUUCACUGAAUUGAAAACUGCCCAAAAUUCCGCUCUCUGCUAACUUCACACCGCCGUAAAAUAACUUCACAACCGCCAUAAAGUUGGUUAAUAAUAUAAUGGUAAAUUACACGUUCUACAAAUAUACAUUACAUUUUGGCCGGCACUUCACUCGUGUUUGCUGUAUGUAAAAUUGACACUCAUGAGUAUUUUCUUUUCAAUCUUUAUAAAGCAUGAUAUGGACAGACUGUUGUCAAGUAUACAAAUAGCAAAUACGAAUAGCCAAGUGAAGUGCCGGCAUUACACUUAUUCUGAACAAAUCAGACAUUGAAAUACCGUAAAAAACAUGAAGUCUUGACUUAGUCAUGACUUAGAUUUACCUAACAUUCCAAUGCUAUUAUUUUGCCAUACUACUUGUAAUAUCAGUUACAUGCAAACGCAGCUCUCUAAAAUAUAAAAAGAGUUAGGUUGACAUAGAAAAUUUGUCUGGAAAACAGCUCUUUAACAAUAGAGUAAACACCUUAUGAAUUUUGUAAUUUAGUUUAGUAUGAGUGUGAAAUUCUUAUAAAUAUAGUAUUUAUUUAUAAGAAUUUAACAUAUAACUGAACAACGAAAAAUAUAGCAAAUUUAAGUUGAUCCUAUGUUGGUGUGUAUGAUAUAUUUUAUUUUCUUUAUUUUGUUGAAUUACAUGAUUCGAUGGAAUCAUAGUAUUGCUCAAUAAGGGUGCUUUGCUUGAACGGCUUUAAAAGCCAAAACGAUAUUUGGUAUUCCAAUUCUAAAAUAAUUGUGAUUUAGAUUUUGAUUAUAGUAUAUAUAUAGUUAUAAUUUUGGCAAACAAUAAUGGUAAUUUAGUAAGGAUUAGUGAAUUCUACUUUAAAGGUUGUCUCUUUAUAAAAGUAUGAAGAUAUAAUUCAAACAAUAUUAUAUAACUUAAUAAACUCUUAGCCUUCUAUAUUAAUCAAUCAAUCUGCUUCACAAAACUGCAAAUCUGAGCAAAGUUACCUUAGUGUUAUGCCGGCACUGCACUUGGCUAAUCGUGUUUGCUAUAUGUAAACUUGACAAAAGUUUGUCCUUGUCAUUUCUUAUAAUAUUUGUAAACUUGACAACAGUAUAAGGAAAUACUGUUCAGCUAAUCGAGUAGCCAAGUGUGUUAUACCGGCACUGCACUUGGCUAUUCCUGUUUGCUAUUUGUAAACUUGGCAUCAGUUUGUUCUUGUCAUUCCUUAUAAUAUUUAUAAAUGUGACAACAGUAUUUCCUUAUACUGUUUACAAUUUUACAAAUAACAAAUCGAAUAGCCAAAUACCGGUAUUAGUUGAACUAUAUAAAAUAAUACGUACAUAGUAAGCUAAAGUAGAUAAUAGAUUAGUGGUAAGUAGAUAUGAAUUUUAUUUGACUAGAAACUAUAUACAAUAUUUAAUUAAAACACUGCGGAAUCCUUUUUAUUCUAGCAAUUUAUGGUAUUAAAUUGUUUAUUUAUUGCAUUUAAACUGUGAUUUGAUUUGACUGUUUGAAAACUUUCUUAUUUUUUUAUGUUGUACUUUUUUACAUGUAUAUUUACUGUCGUCUUGGGUUACGGA